CGGUUGCAUCCGUAGUUCCGUAGUGACAGUCGGAAACCAAAGUGGUUCAUCAAUCGUAUCUCGCCGUUCGUGUAUCAGAUGGGCGGUACCGACUUGUACGAGGUCGCACAUUCGUCUCCCUUGGCUGUCGGAAGUAGCCCGGUUUAACGAUCGAGUUGUCAAAAUUUUUUCGAAGAGACUUUCCGCGUCCUUGGCAUGCCAGAUGACGAUUGCAUAUCAGGUGCGCGUUGCUCGCCUAGUAGUAACCGAUUAUCUCUGCAUGGAUCCCUGAAAUGCUGAGAAGCAGCUUCAAGAUUUAGCCGAUGGACGACGAUCCUGCUAUGUCAACAACGUCUAACGACUUUGACCUAAAUGACGCACUCGCCAAGAGCCAUUUCUACACUGGCCUCAUAUUGGCGAUCAGCUCGAGCGUCUUUAUCGGCGCCAGCUUCAUUGUGAAGAAGAAAGGUCUCUUACGCAUCAACAGCAAGGGCCAAACGAGAGCAGGUGCCGGAGGCUAUGGUUACCUCAAGGAAUGGGUAUGGUGGGCCGGGCUCAUUCUUAUGGCCGUCGGAGAAGCUGCAAACUUUGCAGCCUACGCAUUCGCGCCGGCAUCGCUCGUCACGCCACUGGGUGCCCUCAGCGUCUUAGUCAGUGCCAUACUGUCUUCCAAGUUCCUCAAUGAACGGCUAAACCUGAUUGGAAAAGUGGCGUGCCUUCUAUGCGUGCUUGGCUCAACAGUGAUCGUGCUACACAGCCCCAAGGAGGGCAACGUUGAGAGCAUGGAAAUGCUCGGCACAAUGAUUGUCGAGCCUGCGUUCAUAGUGUAUGUGAUCUUUGUGGUGACGGCGGCCAGCAUCCUGAUGGUGAUCUACGCGCCAAAGUAUGGCACCUCCAAUGUCGUCAUCUACGUGGCCAUCUGCUCGGUCAUUGGCUCCCUCUCGGUCAUGGGCUGCAAGGGCCUGGGCCUGGCACUGCGCGAGACUUUCGCCGGUCGCAACGAGUUCACCUCGUGGGUCACCUGGGUCUGCCUCAUCGGCGUCAUCAUCUGCAUCUCGGUCCAGAUGAACUAUCUCAACAAGGCGCUGGAUGUCUUCAACACCUCCGUCGUCACUCCCAUCUACUACGUAUUCUUUACGACGUUUGUACUGAUUGCGUCGGCCAUCUUGUUCAAGGAAUGGGGAAACAUGAGCGGCGAAGAUGUGCUUGGCAGCCUCACAGGCUUCAUGACAGUAGUGUGCGCCAUAUUCCUGCUGAACGCCUUCAAAGACUGGGACGUGUCCCUCUCGAGCCUCCAAGGCCUACUCCAGAGCACGCGCGAACAGCAGCAGCGCAACGUGGUCGACAGCGCUCUGCCGGACCUGACCACCGCACUGCUGGACUCGCCACCGUCCUCCUCGCAGAGGUCGUCGGCGCUCGUCGCUACCCAAGUUGUCCGUAUGAAGAGUCAGCACUCCAUAGUAAGCAAGCCGUUUCCAUUUUGCAGCUCUUGUUUUCUUUAUUGAAAAUAGUAGACAAGCGCAUUAGAAUGAGUUAGUUGAUUUGUUUAUGCAUUAUGCAUAUGAAUACAAGUGUUCAAUCGCUAAUUGUGUGCAUUUUCCGAUGCUUUCUGUACAUGAACAAAUUUUUCACUUUUUUUUUCCACAGUAUGUCUUUGUUAUUAUGUAUACAAGAUAACACCUGCCUAGCCACGUAAACAUUUAUUGGCCUGACAUUUACGAAUAAUUACAUGUGAUUUAAGCAUUAAACAUUACAGUAAAAACUCGUUAAUUCAGAUUUCACGAGACCGGAAAAGCUAUCCAAAUUAACCGAUUUCCGAACUAUCGAAAGUAUCAAGAAAACAAUAAUUAAAUGCCUGUUGAUCAAUGCACUUGCAUUUUCUUGAGCAAUACGUAAAUCCAGUAAUUAUUUUGCAUAGGAGCAGUGCAAAAGCCGCAAUUUUCGUCAUUUGAGACUUUGUUCACAACGUGAACCAUUGCAUUGGAAACGUGCUCUGAACUCAAACCUUAUUACGUUAUAAAACACGAUUGUGGAUGGCGACCACACUUUUUGAAAGCCCACGGCCAUUUUGGCUGUCCCUGAACGCCAUUUUCAUUCCUUUGCGUCGUACAUUUGUGGCGCUUUGCACUCCGCGUGCUCCGAGUAUUGUCCGAAUUAACUGGGUUGCGGCCGAAUAUGACUGCAUUAACGAGAGCUGGAUGCCUUCAAGGAAUGCAUGUGCUGGCCGGGACUAGAGAACACGUCUGAAUUAUCCGAUUUUCCAAAUUCAUGAGUGUCAAAUUAAUGAGCUUUUACUGCAUAUGCAUGUGACUGAGCGUUGUGCGUCGGUAAUGGAUAUUUUGCAUUGUUGAGGCCGAAAAAUUACUUGGCUGGCUUUUAAAGACUUUCGCAAUGUGAUUUAUCUAAGUGCUCUCCAUGGACAGUGUAGAACUUUGUAAAUUUUUGCCUGCCUAUUGUGUGCCGUAAUUGCCAAAUUGACUACAGUUGCUACAUCAAAUGCACAUACAAGUUUUGGCCAAGGUUUAUCUUCGUAAGCUAUAAGUCCGCAGUGAUCUAAUGCUGUCACCGAAAUUCAUUGUUUUAAAUUGCGCGAGACCCACAUUUUUUGUUGCAUAUGUUGCAGAAGUGGAAGGUCUCGACUAAAUGCUUCUUUCAAUUGAACACUUGGCUUGUCUGUGAUCAAAUUUUGUGCUGAAGUGAAUUUUCACACGGCUUCUGUUAAUGUGUCACACGUUCCCGUCAACUGUGACAGUACCAAACUAGAAAGUCCUGUAAGUUUCCGAGUAACACUGUCUGUCCUAGAAGCAUUAAAUCCCUGCGAUGAAGUCAAAGAAAUUUGAAGCUUUGUUUUCUCAGUGGUAGGUCAUGCCACUGCUAUACCUAUUUUUGCAUCUGCAAAAAUAUUUUUUUUUAAAAUCAUGUUUUUCAUGCCCACAGACAAUGUACAUUGCAACCGAGCUUGAUAGUAUACAAACCAGUCACAAAAUUUGAGUGCUGAUAAGCGAGCUGUUUAACUGGAAAAGUCACUUCCAUGUUGUUCCAGUGUUUUUUACAGCAGAAUAUUGCUAUAUAUUUUGAAAUGUAUAUAGUGUAGUGAGGAGGUUUUACGUGAGAAAUCUUGCAUUCUUUGUUGGACAAUAGCGUGAUUCAACAAGAUAUAUAUAUAUAUAUAUAAGAGGCACCACUAAGUCAGAUAUGCCAGUGCCAACUUUGUCUUACUAGUAUUGCCUACAUGCUUGCAUCUUCUUUUUUUUUUUUGUGGGUUUCUCAUAAGGCGUUUUGGGCUCUUUGUACAGUCUCAUUGAUUUGAUGUCUUUCAAUGUACAGCAAGCAGCAGUUUGUAUUUCGUAUUUACCACUGUGCCGACCUGCUUUGUAAUCUUUCCGUUAUGUUGAAUUUUUGUGUGGCUAGUGAAAGGUGGUGCUUUACUUAAAGAUAGCUCACUAGUGUUGUUUGCCUUUCACGAGGUCUUGCUUUCCAUAGCUUUUAAUGUGGCGGUUAUGCAUGUUUAUAGGAGUUUUUUAAUUAAACAAACCUGCAAAUAUGUAUCUUAACGUGCGGGUUGUGGUACACACGCCACAUGUGAGUGUGUUAAAGACCAGUUUUGUAGUAAAGAUUAUACUGAUUAUAUCUUCUCGGCUACUUAUAAAGGUGUAGAUUUGUGCGUCUUUGUAGAUUUCUUUGAAGGUGUGUUCUUUUUUAGCGUGUUUGAGUGCCUGCUACCUUGUAGCACGUGACCACUUUGUAUUGUACAGUAACGUUCAUUCAUAAGUUGAACACCCUACGAGCACUAAAUCUGCUAACCUUCUGCAUCCCUUUCAAAUGCAGUUUGAGAAGAAUAUAAGUGGGUAACAUCAAAGUAUAAACUUACAGUAAGGCAUAAAGGUUCAUGUUUGUACGUAGAGUGUAGCUUCUAGGCUCAUGUCAAAAGAAAACUGUGGUCAGUGGCUGUACGCCAAGCGCUUUCAUUUAGAGUUGGCUGUACUGUACAGUCUGUGUGGAACUGCAUUCUUCUUUUAAAAAAAACGCCAGGAAGUGGAAGAUGGAAGCUUGCGAUGAAAAAAUCCGUAAGCAGGGGGUGGGUGCUCGAGCCGACGUUUCGACAAGUGGACUCGUCCACUUGUCAACAAGUUUCGACAAGCGGACGAGUCUACUUGUCGAAACGUCGGCUCGAGCAUCCACCCCCUGUUUACGGAUUUUUUCAUCGCAUUCUUCUUUUCAGUCAUUUGUAUAGUUUUCUGAACUUAUAUCACAUAUAACCUUGGUUUUUAGUUUUUGAAACAUCACUUGCAGUUUAUUCAGUACAUUAUUUUCUGAAAAGUAACAUAUUAUGUCCUUAAAGAGUUUGUAAAUGUGGAGAAUUCAAGAUUUCUACUUGAAUAUAUCUAUGCCUGGAUGCCUUUGUGAUGCCCUUGUUCAUUUAGAUCAAACUUGCAUCUCUGUACCAGCUGUGCCGUGAUAACUUCACAAGAGUACCAACUCUCCCGUCAUGCAGUGCAUUUGGCAUAGGUAAUAAACGUCUCAUUAACAGAGUAGCCGCACUCGCUACUGAAUACAUGGAGAAAUUGGUCUGUUUUACCACUAGAAAAUCGCCUUGUUUACCAGCAUUAUAAAAAGACACGUGCUGCAUGGCUCAUUAUGCAGCGUAAACGAAAAAUGUCAACGCAACAUGUGUCAAUGUCCUGUACAUUCCUUCGAUAGCUCUCUACAGCCCUCAAAACCAGUUGGCUUACUCUUACACUGUCAUAUGUUGCCACUGUUGUAAGCGAGUUCAAGCACCACGUUGCGUGACUGAUUGUUGAGGCCAUUGCUAAGUGCCAACACCAAUCAUGUGUCGCACGUCUAAAAUGUUCUUUGCCAGUUAUCCGGCCAGGCAAUUGUAAUACAUUCUGUGCAUGCAAUGUCUUGACUGAAUGAUCGUGUAAGUGACAAUGCAGAGGUACGCGAUGUUUGUAAAUAUUAUAACAGAUUGUAGCUUUUAACACACACCUUUUCUUUGUUCAGUUUUGAUCAUUAAAGAGUGUUUAUAGCUAGAGCAGAACAUAGCGGACAUAAUGUGCGCAGGUAAUGAAGGUACAAUUUUGGUGUAAUUUCACUCGACAGUUGACUGUUCGUGAUAGCAAUAAGUACGAGUUAGUAGUGUGGAACUGAAGCCAGGAAAAACAUAUUGUAUGUCAGGCUUUUAACUGCCUAACAUGCUGCUGCUCCACUGAGGUUUUUCUAAUCCGUGCAUAGUUACGUAGCCUUUGCAAACAGCCUUCGUCUUCUGGGAUUUCAAAGGUAUGCGUAUAGGGGCAUCCAUCAGAUUCAUUGAAGCUAUUCACUUCUGGAGAGUUCAUCUUUGUGCAUAAGGUUACUGGACUUAAAAACUGUUUUUCAUCACUGUUAUUCAAUGAGAAUAACGCUUGUCUUUAUUAAAGCUUUUUUG